AUGCGGCGGCUUUGGCCGCCGCCGCCACUGUUGCUUUUGCUGGUGCUGCUUUCGGCGUUCGCGCUGUGCGGAGGAGGAGCGGCGCUUCCCCCGGCUCCCACCGCGAAACAUCUUUCCACGUUGCCGCCCCCUCUGCCGGGCGUGCGGGCGGACCCCGACAAUGCGCCCGCGGACACGCCGGGCGGCAGCGGCUCUUCUGUCGUCGAAGGAGCGCGGAGCGGCGGCGGCGGCGUAAAGGGGAACGGCAGCAUGGCCGCCGCGCCCCCCGGCACGCAGGUCUAUCAGCCCAUGACCCAGCGCGCCCUUUCGGUCCUGGUCCUGGCCAGCGCUGCCCUCAUCGUUUACUUCGUCAUCCGGACCGUGCGACUUAGACGAAGAAACAGAAAGACGCGGAAAUAUGGUGUUCUGGACACAAACAUAGAAAAUACAGAGCUGACACCUUUAGAGCAAGAUGAUGAUGAUGAUGAUAACACAUUGUUUGAUGCCAAUCAUCCUCGAAGAUAAGUAUGUGCCUUGUGGGAAAAUAUUUCAAUUGUGGAGCAACAGAAGAAAGCUGUUUGGAAGGAACGUGAAGCCAAUAUCAGAGUUGAGAAUAUGAAAUGUAUUAUGAUAUCCUUAGUUUGUUGCAAUAAAUACUAACAUUUUAUUGUACCUUUUGUAUAUACCGAAAUAUUGUAAGGUUAAAGCCUAUGGAAAUAGCGCACUAAAUUUCUAAUCUAUUUUCAACAGGGUAUUUUCUGCUUAUAUUAAUUUGUGAUCUUUUUGAAAUUCUUUUGUGGGCCAAUUUUUUUUUAUGUAAACUGUGGUAAUUUAUUUGUUUGAACUCCUUGCAGCUAGCCAAAUCUAACCAUGUGUCAGAGGAAUGUAUGUUCUUAGUAAAUUAGAUGUAUACUGAAGCUCUGUGUGAAUGAUGUAAAUAAAUGUUUAUGGUAUUCCUAACAUUCAUUCCUUGUUCUCUGAAUCUGUUGGUUUUACAUGUUGUGAUUUGGAUGGAAGAAAAAUUGCUUGCAAUUACUGAACUGAUCUUCCAUUAGUUGAGUUUGGAACCACUUUUUCAGCAAGUAUAAAUUAAUGGAACUUUUAUUUAUUCUAUGCCUAGUUUCAAAUGCCAUAAGCUAGUUAGAGAAGAACUUCUUGAUAUCUUUUAAUGUAAGAUGUGCAGAAUUGCUAAGGCAUCUAUCAGCAUUUUUCUAUGUGCAAGCUUUCAUGGAAACUGUUGAAGAAAAUUUCACCAUUAUAAUACCUGGAGGUAUAUCAAAUAAUUUUACAUAAUAGGCCCAUACAAUAUAAUUGAAUUUCUCGUGUACUAAUGGCUCCGUUU